CAUAAUUGUGGUUUGUGUGUGUGUGUGUGAAGUCACGUGACCAUUAUAGAUUAUGCACGUGUUGUCAAUCUGUCUCCUUUACGAGGGCGAGCGAGCCGCCGCCGUCAGAAGCUUCCGUUCUGCUGUCUGAAUCGGUCAUGGAGGACGUGCUAGCCACGGCAGAGGGAGUGGUUUUAGUAAAGCUGGUGAAGGUAGCGCAAAAGCUAGGUCUAAAAGGUGAAAACGGAACUUGGAAGGAGUUUUUAGAUUUUUAUGACAAACAGCUAGGAUCUUCGAGCUUAAGUGAUCCUUCAAAGCGGCGCAAAGAUGAUUUGGUGGCUUUUCUUACUACACUCAAGAAGAAAGAAGAUUUGCAGCUGUUGGCUAAGUCUCUCAAACUCGACAAUGAUGUUUUUGAGAAAUUCAAAAAGAAAUCUUUGGAUGAGACAGCUGAGCAGAGGCUAGUUCGAAUGACUCUUACGCAUGAUGAGUACCCAUUAGACUAUUUGUUCCCAUCUAACGCUGAGGAUUGGGUUAGAACAGGGCUUGGCAAGAAGAAGAUGGAACCGACAAAGAUCGAAAUGAUUGCCAUUGAUUGUGAGAUGGUUCUUUGUGAAGAUGGGAGUGAAGCUGUUGUUAGAGUUGCUGCAGUUGACCGUGAUUUAAAGGUGAUUCUUGAUGAGUUUGUGAAACCGAAUCAACCGGUUGUUGACUAUAGGACUUUCAUUACUGGACUUACUGCUCAAGAUCUUGAAAAGGCUACUAUAUCUGUGGUAGAUAUACAGGAAAAAUUGCUGAUGUUUAUCUCUGAGGAUACAAUUUUGGUUGGUCAAAGUUUGAACCAUGAUCUAAAAGUAUUGAAGGUGGAUCAUGCCAGAGUAAUUGAUACUUCACUUGUGUUUAAGUAUAACUAUGACGGUACAAGAAGGCCUUUAAGACUUAAAAGACCUUCUUUGAAUUAUCUGUGCAAGUGUAUAUUGGGAUAUGAAGUGCAGAAAGAAGGUGUUCCACACAAUUGUGUUCAUGAUGCAGAAGCUGCAAUGAAACUUGUACUUGCUAUACUAGAUAAUGGAGCAGAGACCUCCGUUCCACUAUCUAAAGAGAUGUUGGAAGCUGAGAAGUCAAAGCUCUACCUUCAUAGAAUCCCUUGCAAUGUUCCAUAUGAAGAGUUAAAUGGAGUCGUUUCCAGGGAUAUCCCACAUGAAGUUAAGGUAUGAAUCCACUCAACAUAUACAUAUUCUUAUCCAAAUUCUGUAUUUUAUGAGGCUCUCGUUGUUUCUUGAUUUUCUUUUGGCAGCCGUCGAAAAAACAAGACCGUCACUACUAUAGCGCGAUUGUUGUUUUUAAAAGUCCAGAAGAAGCAAAUCAAGCAUUUGAAAACAUUGCUGGAGACUUUGGAAAGGAUUCGAGGGGGUUGUCACAAAAACAGAUCUUUCUAGAGCCGAGUUCAUCAGAACCUAGAUUAUAUGUUCUCGUUCGUAAAAUGGUCGAAGAUGAUUUGGUUGGGGAAGUCAUAGCAGAGGAGAAUAAUGCGAGUUCUAAGAAACGGAAGAGAGAAAAUCAUUCUAAAGGGACCAGAGAUAGACGCAGGUGUAAACCAUUGUCCAGACGAAAACAGAGAAGCAAUGUCAAACGAAGAAGAUAAUAUCAAGGAAAAUCAAGAACUCAAAGCAAAAUGAUAAGAUGAUAAUUGGUCCGGAUUCUUGAAAAUUGCUUUCACUGUGACUCUAGUUUGUGUUUGGUCAUCGUUGAUGCCCUUAAUGAACCUUGGAUAGUAUUUUGCCAAUUUAAAGGUUAAAGAACUCAGAGACUAUUGAUUUAAGAU